CUUCAAACAAGCAGAGGUGACUGAUCUCGGAAACGAUUUAAUGCAUUUAAAAAUGGCUACAGCUACCGUCAGCAUGCUUGCUAGCUUGAAAAUGAGUGAUUCAGAGGAUCCCGAGCUGGAGGAAGAGCUUCAGGCUGCUGACGAACUCCUUCAAGAUAUGCAGAAUGAUGCACAGAGUGAACCUCAGCCAAGACCAGUGCGCUGGAAAAAACGUGACAGACAGGGAGAUUUUAUUCCUCAAAGACCAUCAACCAGUCGAAGUACUACUUGCAUGCCACGUGUGUCCAGAGAUCAGCAUCAAUGUCCACGUGAAGAAACUAGUUAUGUUACCAGUGUCAACCCAACAAAAGUGUAUGGAACUGAGGUGCUCCGUCAGGAGCUCCUUCAGUUGUUGGAGGAUGGAGAAGAGGACGCAGCCAUGACUUGUGAGACGUCGUCUGAGUCAGCUGCUACUCACUGGGCGAUUAGAAAUAUGGUGUCCUCGCAAAAGUGGAAAGAGGCCAGGCCUUGUCUUAUAGACAAUAUGUUAGCUACUCUGGAUCCACAGUCACACAGUGUGUGUCAGUGUGGCAAACAAGUAGUUGUGAGGUGUCUGGACUGCCUUCCUCUUCCAUUCCUUUGUGCUGACUGUGAUAUUGCAGUUCACACACGCUUUGUCCUGCACAACAGAGAGGCAGUAACAGGAGGGUUUUUGCAGCCUUCAUCAGAGUUUCACAAGCCAAUAGUUCGGCUGUUGCCUGUCCAAAGGCCAGACCGUGUGUGACUGCCCAGCAGGUAACGUUGAGGUUUCACCCGGCUCAAUUGUGGCUCUUGUAACCAUAAAUGGCCGUUAUAACCUUGCACUGCCAGUGGUGAGAUGCACCAGC